CUAAUCGUCAUAGUCAACUGUAAAUAAAAUGAAGGUUUUUCUGUGCAGUUUAGCUAUUAUCCUUGUUGCAAUUUGCUUGCCAUGCCAAGCUAAAGGUGGAGUUUUCAAGGAAUGUAAAACGGAGAGUGGAUUAACAGAUGAAAUAAAAAAAGGACAAUUUCCUAAUUUGGAAGACUCAAAAGUAAAAUGCUUCAUCACUUGUUUGGGAAAGAAAUUUGGAAUUAUUGUUGACGGCAAAGUUAACGCUGAAAAGUUCAUUGAGAAAUUAUCUAAAAAGCUAAAUUUGGAUGACGCUAAAAAAGAGGCUGUCAAGGGUUGUGCUGAAGAAGCCAACAAACAAUCUGACUGUGAAGUGGGAUCAGCUAUGUUGAAAUGCCUCAAGGAAAAAGGAAUCUCAAUGAAAGGAAAAAAAAAGGAAAAUGAAAAUUCAGAUUAGUUUUUUUUUUCACUAAAACAGCUAUAAUACAAACUUAACUUUGUUAUUUUCCUAACAAUGUAACUACACUUACAAAAUCAAUUUAAAUAAACAUAAUAGUACUUAUUUUAAAA